CUUGUUGCCAUGGCAACCCAGCAUUUUGUGAGGCAAAGAAACGUAAUCUUGAUGAGUAAAUGUGACUUUGCUUUGAUGUUUGACCACAGAAGGCACAUGGAAGAAAGAUAACUAUGGUCUCCAGAUGUAAGAUACCUUAUGUUGAAAAGGCGAACCAUUCCCAAGAAACGCUGCCGGAAGUAGAGAUGAGUGAAUUUACGUUAACGUCUAGUAUAUCUGUAACAGUAAUCUGCGUCAUUAUCAUCUUAUCCCUGGCUUGUGGAUCACGUGCCGUUUUAUUUUCGACCAAAUUACCGCGUCCAUUUAGACAAUUGUGUAAAGUGAGUUUGGCGACUGAUAUCUUGCUUAUGUUAAUGACCGGAAUUCAACCAUGGAUUUAUUGGGACAAUAAUUUCAACCGAGAGUAUGUGGGCACGUGCUCUGUUCUGGUUUCCUCGGCAACUAUGCUUGUCAGUAUGGAAAGAGUGUUUGCAUUGAAGUUCCCACUAAAAUAUAUCCGAUGUACCGGGGAUGAUAAAUUUGCGUCACAUCUCGUAGCGUGGACGUUCUCGAUAACUAUAUCAUCCUACCUGUUUGUUCGCUUUCUUGUGUGCUAUAUGUUACGGUACACGUUAGCAAAUCGUGAGUGUAUGCCGUACCAAGUGUACAGCAUACUGUCUAUAGAAGGACUUUUUGUUUUAACAACAACGGUAUGCUUUGGUUUGGUCUGUCAUACAGCCGCAAAGAACAAAAGACAGCACACACGCCGUAUCACGCGAAUGGGACUUCCGCAAAAUCACGCGCUCAGUGCGACUGACACGCACGUUUCGGCCACCUUGUUCGUCUUGUAUCCAUUUGCAAUAUGCCUUGCGAUCUUCUCUGUGCUCUGUAUUUACUGGCAAUUUAUUCCGAACGACAGCGUUUCAAAAUGGCUGUCAAUUGGAACUCGCUUGGUACACUGUGCAGGGCAUGGCAUUCUUUUCAACUGCUGGUUUGACGAAUGGCGUCUACAUUUUUUAACCAUAAUCUCGCCUUUGAGCGCGAAUCUGCGAGAUAACGCUGACAUAAUGCGCAUAAAUGUUUACAACAUCGUUGUUGCCGAGGCUGUGGUUGCCGAAGCUUUCGAUGGGUCUCGUCUGCAACUUGAAGAAUCUAUUAAAUCCCGCAGAGUUAGCAGAAGUAGAGUUUCUAAUUCGUCAAAGAUUUCAACUAUAAGUGCAGCCGGAUCACUCUCAAUCCAAUCGGUAUCUCUUAAAUCACCGCGGACAUCAACUCAAGAACAGCAGGAACAGAACAGUCGCCCAAAAUCAUCAAGACUGGAGAGCAUAACAGAGGCUGAAGUUUAAAACUAAUUU